AUGACUGAUAUCACUUCCACCAUCUCAUCUGACCUCAGUGCUGAUGCUGCUAAUUCCACUCCUCUCACUCUCUCUUCUCCUUCUUCCACUUUUGCCUCCUUCAUGGCACAUCUUUUUCCGCCUUGUGAUGGAUUCGAUGACGACCCUGCCUCUGUGUAUCAUCAAAAUGAUGAUGAUGAUGAUGAUGAUGAUGAUGAUGAUGAUAAUGAUGAUGAUGUUGCUGUUGAUAAAGAUGAGGCUAUGAAUGAAAUGCACACUUUAACACUUAGCAUCAAGAACUGUCUCCAGCUCAUCAAAGCAAUUGUUGACCAGGCUUCUGAAAAUGUGCACACUGUGCUCACCAUCACAGCUCCUCAGAUGAGGGCAGAAAUAUACAGAAAGGUGAUUGCACAUGCUGCAGUGGUGAUAAACCCUGACAAGUUUCACUCUGAGAAGGAUAAAUAA